AUGCGAGCAUUGAUCUUACUUCGACUGCUAGCGGCAUCGCUCUUUUGCUCUGCUCAAUUUCCUCCAGAGCCUGAAGGUAUUACUGUCCUCCGGUCUCAAUUUAACAACAAUGUCACGAUAUCCUACAAGGAGACCUUUAUCUGCGAGACGACGCCAGGCGUUCGAGGUUUCUCCGGCUACGUUCAUAUCCCACCAAACGCCUUAGCUGAACACGGCAUCAAGAACCAGACAUGGGAGAUCAACACCUUUUUCUGGUUCUUCGAGGCUCGCAAGGAUCCUCACAACGCACCACUCUCCAUCUGGUACUACGGCGGACCGGCCUACAGCUCGUCUGGAAUGCCGUUGAGCUACAAUGGCCCAUGCAAAGUCAACCCGGAUGGCAAUUCCACGACUCUGAAUCCCUAUUCCUGGAACAAUGAAGUCAAUAUGCUAUAUCUCGACCAGCCGGUACAAGUUGGACUUUCAUACAGCACCUUUCACAACGUCACCGUCGAUCGUGUCAACGAAACCAUCACCCCGCUGCCAGAAGGAUCGUCGGUGCCGGAGCAGAACACGACUCUGCUCGUAGGCAGGUAUCCUGCGAACGAUACAUAUAAGACAUCCAUGGGAUCCACGGACGCUGCUUACGCCAUGUGGCAUUUUGCUCAGGCCUGGUUCCAAGAGUUUCGCGAGUAUCAGGCCAGCUCGAUCAGUCUUUCUGGCGUUUCCUAUGCUGGAAAGUAUGCUCCUGCUGUGUUUGAGUUCUUUGAAGAGCAGAACGAACGCAUUCGACAAGGCAAAUGGCCGACCAAAGGAGAGCAGUAUAUUCUACCGCUGAAUAUGCUAUUGAUCGAGAACGGAUUGUUCGACUUGCCGGGCCAAUGGUUCAGCUAUCCCGAGUUCGCAGUGGACAACACCUACGGUAUUCAGGCCGUCAAUGACACCGUCUACCAAACGAUGACGAAUAACCUCAACAAACCCGGAGGCUGCCUCGACCAAGCCUACCAAUGUGGAAACUUGUCACUUCAAUACGAUCCCCAAGCCAUUGGCGUGAACGAGACGGUCAAUCACAUCUGCGCAGAAGCCGGUAACUACUGCGACGAAAACGUUCAGCACUUGUACUCGUACUCCAAUCGAAGCUACUACGACAUAACCGUUCCAGCAUCUCUUUCGCGGGAACCUCCCUUCGCGCACGCCUUCCUGCAACAGCCGCAUGUACAACAGGCGCUGGGCAUGCACUCGAACUGGACGGUCCGCUCGGAUGAUGCUGUUCAUGCAUUCAGAAGAGUGGGCGACUUUGCACGGCCGGGGUGGAUCAACAAGUUUGGUUACCUGCUUGACCGGGGAAUCAAAGUCGCUUUGACCUACGGAGAUAGAGACUACCUUUGCCAUAAAAAGAACUGGAUCAGCGGUGACGCGGCAUCCCUUGCGAUCAAUUACACCAACACCGCCAACUUUCACGCCGCGGGCUAUGAAGAGAUUCACACCAACUGCUCCUAUGUCGGCGGUCUCGUGCGGCAGUACGGUAACCUGUCGUUUUCCCGGGUCUAUCAGGGCACCCAUGGAAGCGCAGAACUACAGCCCGAGACCGCCCUCCAGAUUUUCAACCGCGCGAUCUUCGGGAAAGACAUCGCCACGGGAACCGUUCCCGCGGACGGAUACUCCUCCAAGGGCAUCCAAGAUGCCCGUAGCGUCAAGAAUGAGGUUCAGACGGAUUGGAAGGAGAUCAAGCAGGUUUGUUAUCUCUGGGAUCUGCAUGGUACGUGUACGGACGAGCAGAUUGCAAUGGUGGAGAAUGGCACGGCUGUGAUUAAGGAUUAUAUCAUCGUGGACAAGAACUCGACGGAGAGGUAUCCUGAGAUUGUGGGCUUGGGCGAUUGA